UCUCUCUCCCUCUCCUUCUGCUUACUCUUGUUCCUUCGCUCCUUCAGCUUGGCUUGCACCUCUCCUUUUGCUUGUGUCCCUUCUUUCUGUCUCUCUGUCUCUCUGUCAUGGUCUCCCUCUCUCUCUUCUCAGCUAGCUCCCUCUCUCUCUCCUGGCGUUUGCUUUCCUGUGGCUCUGCACUUUAGCCUUUCUCUCUUUCUCUCUUUCUCUCGCUCUGUCUCUGUAUCCCUUCUUCCUCUUGCUCCUCCAGUCUUAUCAGCUCCAUGUUCCUCUCUGCCCGCCUGUGUGUGCUGCAGGCUGCUGGGUGUGUGUGUGUGUGUGUGUGUGUGUGUGCCCUCAGUAGGCUACAUGCCUAGAUAUUCCGUAUGGCAGGAUGGGUAAAACUGAGUUCUACUCUCUCUAUAAGAACUUUCUGGACUGUCUCUGCCACUGCCUGUGUCGGAGCGAGAGUCCCUCAGUGAAGGAUGACAACCGUGGUCACCUGGUUUACCAGAGUGGAGAUGUGCUUCAAGAGAGAUAUGAGAUCGAGGGCAGUCUGGGUGAAGGCACCUUUGGAAAGGUUGUUCAGUGUUUGGACCGCAGCCAGACUGGGAGGCGCGUGGCGCUGAAGAUCAUCAAGAACGUGGAGAAGUACAAGGAGGCCGCUCAUCUGGAGAUCAACGUCUUGGAGAGGAUCAAUGACAAAGACCCAGAGCACAAACAUUUCUGUGUGCAGAUGCUGGACUGGUUCGACUACCAUGGCCACAUGUGCAUCAGCUUUGAGCUGCUGUCUCUCAGCACCUUUGACUUCAUGAAGCAGAAUCAUUACCUGCCUUACCCUGUCAAUCAAAUACGUCACAUGGCCCAACAGAUCUGCCUCGCCGUGCAGUUUCUCCAUGACAACAAGCUGACACACACCGACCUGAAGCCAGAGAACAUCCUGUUUGUGAAUCCGGACUUCUCUGUCACAUUCAACCCUGAGAAGAAGCGGGAGGAGCGGACCAUAAAGGACACGUCCGUGAGACUGGUGGAUUUCGGCAGCGCCACCUUUGACCACGAACACCACAGCACCGUCAUCUCAACCAGGCACUACAGAGCCCCCGAGGUUUUACUGGAGCUGGGUUGGGGCCAUCCGUGUGAUGUGUGGAGCAUUGGCUGCAUUCUAUUUGAGUAUUACCAAGGCAACACCCUUUAUCAGGUACAGACUCAUGAUAACAGAGAGCACCUGGCCAUGAUGCAGAGAGUACAGGGACCACUGCCCUCUAGAAUGAUCCGUAGGACCAGGAAGCAGAAGUAUUUUGUUCGUGGGAAGCUAUUCUGGGAUGAGAACUCCUCAGCUGGAAGAUAUGUCAGGGAGAACUGUAGACCCCUCAAAAAGUACUCUCAGUGUGACUCGGAGGAGCACGAGCAGCUGCUGGAGCUGCUGGGCCGGCUGAUGGAGUACGAUCCGUCCAAUCGCAUCUCUCUCUCCGCCUCCCUCCGCCACCCCUUCUUCUCCUCCCUCACCCCCAACCUCUCCGCCUACAGCUGGGUGUGGGCCAGCAGCAUGGACAUCAGCAGAUGAGACACACACACACACAUACAUACACACACACACACACACACACACACAUGCAUACAUGCAUACACACACACACAC